CUAUGGUAAUAAACCGGCUAAGCAGGUCAUGGGGAUGAAUAGGAGGAGCUUCUCUUUAUUUCUGGGCACGCCUCCAUGUUUACAGCACACCCGCAGACGCCAAGCGCAGCCAACUUCUGAGCUGACCGUGCUGCAGCUCACCCAGCUCAUCCGGAUCCUCCGGCAACUUCCUGACCAGAGCCCAGUGGAGGAACCACAGGACGGAGGUCCAAGUGUGACCUCAGCGACCGAUGCCUCUCGAUCCUGCCACUCCAAAUCCUUCAGAAGCCGCUGCUGGCUCUGCAUCCACAACCACCAUAAGCAUGCUACCUGAGAUCUUCCGGGACUGCAAAGACCACGGCAAGGCACCAAGUUACUUCUGGAACCUGGCACCGGGGCACCUAACAACAU